AUGGGUAAGGUGUUUUUGUUCCCUGUGGAAUCUGACACAUCCUUUGUGCGUCUCACUCCAAAGAAACCUCUAAAUUUUCAGGCCUUUACACUCUGCAUUCGCGUCUCGACUGAACUAAACAGCCAGCGAGACACCAUCCUGUUUGCUUAUCGCACUCAAUACUAUGACGAGCUCAAUGUGUGGCAAGAAAAAGGGGGAAGAUUCUCUCUUUACCUGAGCAGUGGCAGUGGUGUUCUGUUCACUUUACCACCGCUUUCCACUCUCCCCACUCACCUGUGUGUCACCUGGAACUCGAGCACCGGAGCCACGGCAUUCUGGGUGGACGGACACCGCAGCAUGCUGAAAAUCUACAAACGCGGCCAUAGUGUGAGUCCAGGUGGAGGUAUAGUUCUUGGACAGGAUCCUGACUCAUACCUGGGGGGUUUUGAGAGUAAUCAGAGCUUUGUGGGUGAAAUUACAGACGUACACAUGUGGGACAGUGUUCUGAGUGCAGCGCAGAUUAAGCAGCUGUAUGAGAAACAGAGCAAUGCUCUAAGUGGGAAUGUGCUUGACUGGAAUUCUCUCCUGUACAAAAUCUAUGGGAACGUGAUUGAUGUGUCAGCAAAUGUCUAGCUAAAACAUCUGACACAUUUUUUUUCCUCCUUUGAUUUUCAUGUCUAAUUAAGUGGGUGAUUAUAGUUAAUUAUUGACUAAUCGGUGUAUGUGAU